AUGGUGCAAAAAAUCAAUGCAAGUUCUGAAGACUACUUCGUCCUUCUGGGCUUUUCUAAAUGGCCUAACUUGGAAGUGAUUCUCUUUCUGGUGAUCUUGAUAUUCUACUUGAUGACAUUAACAGGAAACCUGUUCAUCAUCGUCCUGUCACAUUUGGACACCAACCUGCACACCCCCAUGUACUUCUUCCUCUCAAACCUCUCAGCCCUUGAUCUCUGCUAUACCACUAGCUCUGUUCCUCAGUUGCUGGUAAAUCUCUGGGGCCCAGAGAAGACCAUAUCUUAUACUGGGUGCAUGCUCCAACUCUUCUUUGUCCUUGCUCUGGGGACCACGGAGUGUGUUCUGUUGGUGGUGAUGUCCUAUGACCGCUAUGCAGCUGUCUGCAAACCCUUGCAUUACCCUGUCCUCAUGAAUCCUCGCUUCUGCCACCAAAUGGCUGCAGCCUGUUGGGUAAGUGGCUUUAUCACCUCAGCAUUUCAUUCCUCCUUCACGUUUUGGGUACCCAGGUGUGGACAUCGUAAAGUGGACCACUUCUUCUGUGAAGUCCCAGCACUGUUGAAGUUAUCUUGUGUCAAUGUCCAUGCCAAUGAGAUGACUCUUAUGGUCAUGAGCAUUAUUUUUGUUGUUAUACCACUUAUUCUCAUCCUGAGCUCCUAUGGGGCCAUUGCUAGGGCUAUUCUAAGGAUGCAAUCUACCACAGGACUUCAGAAAGCCUUUGGGACGUGUGGAGCCCAUCUCAUGGUUGUGUCUCUCUUUUUCAUCCCAAUCAUGUGUAUUUAUCUUCAGCCUCCAACAGAAAAGUCUCAAGACCGAGGCAAGUUCAUUGCCCUCUUCUACACUGUUGUCACACCCAGCCUCAACCCUCUCAUCUACACCCUCAGAAACAAAGAUAUCAGAGGGGCCUUGAGGAGGCUCACUGGAUGUGAGAGGGAGAUAUCAAUGAGGGUUGACAUUGGGCUCUCUGCUCAAAGGGCCUAG